AGGGAACUGCAGUGCAUUCUGGGAAAGUCGCUUGGUCCUCGGCUUUGUGUCCCGCCCCACCGCAGGGUUUGGUAUUCCGAGGUGAGCGGAGGCGCCUCUGUUUCCCACCUCGGGUUUUGGCUUGCGCAGGGGAUCCUCCCGACGCCGCUAGCAUGUCUGGAGUGCGCGCUGUGCGGAUCAGCAUCGAGUCGGCCUGCGAGAAGCAGGUCCAGGAGGUCGGCCUGGAUGGCACUGAGACGUACCUGCAGCCGCUGUCCAUGUCGCAGAACCUGGCGCGCCUGGCCCAGCGGAUCGACUUCAGCCAGGGUUCGGGCUCCGAGGAGGAGGAGGCGGCGGGCGCCGAGGGCGACGCGCAGGACUGGGCGGGCGCCGGGUCCAGCGCGGACCAGGACGAUGAGGAAGGGUUGGUAAAAUUUCAACCUUCCCUUUGGCCUUGGGACUCAGUGAGGAACAAUUUGAGAAGUGCCCUGACAGAGAUGUGUGUUCUCUAUGAUGUCCUCAGUAUUGUUAGGGAUAAAAAAUUUAUGACGCUUGAUCCGGUCUCUCAGGAUGCACUUCCUCCAAAACAGAAUCCACAGACACUGCAGUUGAUAUCGAAAAAGAAGUCGCUCGCUGGAGCAGCACAGAUCCUGUUGAAAGGGGCAGAAAGACUGACCAAAUCAGUUACUGAAAACCAAGAAAAUAAGCUGCAAAGAGACUUCAACUCUGAGCUUUUGAGAUUACGGCAACACUGGAAACUCAGAAAAGUUGGGGAUAAGAUUCUUGGAGAUCUGAGCUACAGAAGUGCAGGAUCUCUCUUUCCCCAUCAUGGUACAUUUGAAGUAAUAAAGAAUACAGAUAUUGAUCUGGAUAAGAAGAUACCUGAAGAUUACUGUCCCCUUGAUGUUCAAAUUCCUAGCGAUUUAGAGGGGUCUGCCUAUAUCAAGGUUUCAAUUCAGAAACAGGCUCCAGACAUAGGUGAUCUGGGCACAGUCAACCUCUUCAAACGACCUUUGCCCAAAUCCAAACCAGGUUCCCCACAUUGGCAGACGAAAUUAGAAGCAGCACAAAACGUUCUUUUGUGUAAAGAAAUUUUUGCACAGCUCUCUCGGGAAGCUGUUCAAAUUAAGUCACAGAUCCCUCACAUUGUGGUGAAAAACCAGAUUAUCUCUCAGCCCUUUCCAAGCUUGCAGUUAUUGAUUUCUUUAUGCCAUUCCUCAAAUGAUAAGAAAUCCCAAAAAUCUGCUACUGAGAAGCAAAGUCCGGAGGACCAUCUUUAUGUCUUAGAGCAUAAUUUGCAUCUACUAAUUAGAGAGUUUCAUAAACAGACCUUGAGUUCCAUCAUGAUGCCUCAUCCAGCAAGUGCACCUUUUGGUCACAAGAGAAUGAGACUUUCAGGCCCUCAAGCUUUCGAUAAGAAUGAAAUCAGUUCACUACAAUCCAGUGAAGGGCUUCUGGAAAAAAUAAUUAAACAAGCAAAGCAUAUUUUCCUGAGGAGCAGAACUGCUGCAACCAUUGACAGCUUAGCAAGUCGCAUCGAAGACCCUCAGAUACAGGCUCACUGGUCAAAUAUUAAUGAUGUUUAUGAAUCCAGUGUGAAGGUUUUAAUCACAUCACAAGGUUAUGAACAGAUAUGCAAGUCCAUCCAGCUGCAGUUGAAUAUCGGAGUUGAGCAGAUCCGAGUUGUACACAGAGAUGGAAGAGUGAUUACACUGUCUCAUCAGGAGCAGGAGCUCCAGGAUUUCCUUCUGUCCCAGAUGUCACAGCAUCAGGUGCAUGCAGUUCAGCAGCUCGCCAAGGUCAUGGGCUGGCAGGUGCUCAGCUUCAGUAAUCAUGUGGGACUUGGGCCCAUAGAGAGCAUUGGCAAUGCGUCCGCCAUCACCGUGGCCUCCCCGAGCGGCGACUAUGCUAUUUCAGUUCGUAAUGGCCCUGAAAGUGGCAGCAAGAUCAUGGUUCAGUUUCCCCGUAACCAGUGUAAAGAUCUUCCAAAAAGUGAUGUUUUACAAGAUAGCAAAUGGAAUCAUCUUCGUGGACCAUUCAGAGAAGUUCAGUGGAAUAAAAUGGAAGGUCGAAACUUUGUUUAUAAAAUGGAGCUGCUUAUGUCUGCACUUAGCCCUUGCCUACUGUGAGUUUUGUUUCCAGAACAGUUUCUAGAUUAUUUUUUUCCAGAGAAGUUUCCAGAAACUGACUUGAGAAGAACUAUAAGCACAAGGAAGAGAAAUUUUCCAAAGGAGUAUUGUUUAAAAAAAAAAAAAAGCAAAUGUUUACCUAGCAUUUUGAAACCUUUCACUUUAUAAGUGCCAAGUGCUUUGAAAUGCAGACGCUUAUGUACAGUUACAGGGUAUAUAGUAUGGGGAGAUGUAAAACAACUUUUUUUAUGCAGUUAAAAUGUUACUAAUUUAUGGGUUUGAAUUCAACUUUUUUAAAUAUUCCUUUGAUGUUGACAUCAAAUAAAGCAUAUGGUUAAAAAUUCCA